GUGUGUGUGUGUGUGCGUCCGAAAGGGACUUGCAGGGGAUUGGAGAGUGGAGUAAUUCCAGCUCUCUUUAAAACAACUUCUCAGCACGGAAUCCGUCCCGGAGUUUGGUACAGGAGUCCCCGACCAUCUCUGCGUUACCCAGGGACUCUGCAGCGGGAAUAUUGUUUCACCACAGCAUCAGAAAUCUUCGCGAUUUCGAAAGGUUUAUUUCGGGGUGAAGGAAGGAUUUUACGGUUCAAGGGGUUCACGAAGCUCAAGGAGAGACUCUGGAACACUUUUGGAUUAAUGUUUCUGUCGCUCUGUUUGUUACUGUAAACUGAUACUGCUCCUGGAGUGGACUAACUAUGGUUUGUGGAUUGUGUGCAGGACCUCCACAGUGUUGGGGAGCUGAAUGCUGUGUGAGAGGGCUGGCAAAAGUUGUGGCUUAAUUGAGUUGGCGACAGCAGGUCACCGAGCAGUGGCUGUGUGUAGCCGUCUCCUUCUCCAGACCUGAAGUGAUAUGUUUAACGCAGCGCAUGAUUGAAGAUUUCUUUCUAAUGCUGCUGGAGAGCCAGAAAACGGCGACCACCGGCUGCGCAUGUUGUGCGCACCGUGCACAACCCCCCGGUCUUAUGCUACGAGUGUAAAUCGAUGUGGCAUCUCCCGAGACCCGGACGGGACCGACAGGACACAUCCAAAACUGUCUAGGUUGUCGUAUGUUCAAGUCGAAACGCGCAGGUCUUGUACGGCGACUCUGGAGAAGCCGUCUGGUCACCGAGAGCGACGGGCGGGAUGGAAGCAGACGAGGUGAGGGGAGACGGGACGGGCAAUGUGGCAGACACUCAGGAAAGCUCCACAGACACGAGCAGCGGCCGGUGACACACACUGACCCGGCUCCGGGACUCACGGGGGAGGCUGUAGACCUGACGGAGAGCCCCGAGAGGGAGGAAGAGGAGCAGCCUGACGAUGACCGUGCUGCGGGGGCCAUGUGCGUCUCGGAGCACAGAGGCGCUCGCCGGGGACAGGAGGGCGACGGUAGGACGGUGACGUGUUGUUUGUUUGGGGAAUGGGAUAUCAGACCUCGGAGCCCGUAUUGGGGCCCGAGGAAAGACGGAGGGGGCGCUUGUCAGUGCGCACCGAGGCAUACGGGGCUGGAGGAGGAACUUGCGAGCACUGCUCAUGCCUUUUUGAAAAGACUCAAGGAGAAAUCUCUGGAUACUUUGGUGAAGGCUGUGGAGACCAGAGGAGGGAUACCCAGUGAGUGUGUCAUGGUGCCGAGCAGUGAGCUGCGGCUCGGGGCUCAGCACAUAUCUCCGCAGGACCUCCUGUGUAAGGUGUACCGCUGGAGCGACCUGCCUCUCUCAGGCCGCCUCAAAACGCUCAGCCACUGCCAGAGCUUCGGCGCAGGGGACGGGGCAAAGGUGUGCUGCAACCCCUAUCACUACAGCCGCCUAUGUGGGCCAGAAUCACCUCCUCCCCCAUACUCUCUGUCCCGUUCAGACGAACACAAGCCACUGGACUCAAAUCUGUCUUACACUGAACCUGUGCCCCCCCUCACCUCCAAUCCGCCUCACCCGACGCCAAGAGACUACACAGACACUGGUACCUCCAUCGGCUCCUCGACUUCCAGCGGACAUCGCUCUCACUGGUGCAGCGUUGCCUACUGGGAGCAGCGCACACGUGUUGGUCGCCUUUAUCCAGCCCACGAGCCCUCGCUCAACAUCUUCUAUGACCUACCUCAGGGCACGGGCCUCUGCCUGGGCCAGCUCCACGCCAAUGCCUACCACAGCCGCCGCGAGGACCCAGGCAGCCACAGCACGGCAGGUCUGCACGGACACCCCCGCCAUGGAAGCGGAGGGAGUAGCAGUAGCAGCAGCGGCAGCAGCAGCGGUGUGCAACAGAUACGCAGUAAAAUCGGACACGGAAUCGUGCUGAGCCGCGAGCCGGACGGAGUGUGGCUUUACAAUCGCAGCAAGCACCCAGUGUUUGUACACUCGCCCACCCUGGACCCCCCCAGGGCUCGAGGGCUGAGUGUGAAGAGGGUGAUGCCGGGCUUCUCCCUCAAAGUGUUUGACUAUGAGCACUCCAGCUGGAUGGCGCAGCACGGCGUGAAGCCUGAGUGCCAUGAGGGGCCCUGGGACCCCCACAGUGUUCGCAUCAGUUUUGCUAAAGGAUGGGGCCCCUGCUACUCCAGACAGUUCAUUACUUCCUGCCCGUGCUGGCUGGAGGUGCUGCUCAACAACCACAGAUAGCACACACACACACAGACUCACAAGGCUUCCUGACCCAUUAUCCUUAUUGUACUCUACCUAGAUUUAAUAUAAAGUUUAUAUAUUAUAUAAAAUAUAUUAUACAUGUAAAUACUUGAGUCAUUUUUACAAUGCAAUUAUUUAUGUAUAGUGUAAUGUGUAUAUGGACAAAAUAAAAAGGAACAAGAAUAUGCACUUUUGAUUCUACAUGCAUUACAGUUUCUCAGUGUAUAUUUUGCUAUUUUAAACUGUACAAGUAAGACAAAACCUGGUUUAUGUUCUCAUGAUUUAGCAAUUCCUUCAAAAGUAUGCCAUACACACAUUGUCAAUAAAGUAUUUGUAUUAAACGAA